UAGAUAAAACCCCGCUAGUGCCACGUCACAACUCUUUCUUUUCUUUUUCUUUCUUCCAUCUUUCUCUCUUCUUCAACCUCAACAUUUCCCUCCAAUUUUCCAUCUCUUCCGUUCCAUACAUGGCAGUUAAACUACGCCACUGCAAUUUUCCAUCGUUAAGUUCGUCGAAUUCUUGGUUUUCGAAAGACCAACGCAAUGCAGACGCAAAGGCGUUGAACUUGCAUUGCCAGCUGGUAAAUAAGGGUAGAAGUUCAAAACAGAGAUGCUUCUUGCAUCGUGCUUUGUUUUGGAAUAGUGAAAAUGUUUUAGUUGGUUAUAGAAAAUAUUCCUGUAGACCUAAAAGAAAGGUAAAGAAUCUGUUAUUUGCGGCUUCGGAUGAUGGUGUGACUGUUAAUGAGGAUUCUCAAGAUAGUAGCGGUAGUAAUGCUACUGACCUUGAGAAAAUAAAGGUGAAAUUGAAUAGGCCGUUGGUGAAUGAUGAAGAUUUCUGUGAGGGGCUUUUGCAAUCUUUAUAUGAUGCUGCUAGGGUUUUUGAGUUGGAAAUUAAAGAGCAGAAUUCGCUCUCGAGAUUGCCUUGGUUUUCGAUGAAUUGGUUUGGAGUAGAUCGAGAUGCGUGGGAGAAGACACUGUCGUAUCAGGCUGCGGUGUACUCCUUAUUGCAAGCUGCAAGUGAAUUAUCAUCCCAAAGUGAUGGGAGAGACAAAAAUGUCAACGUGUUUGUCCAAAGGAGUUUACUCCGGCUUUCUGCUCCGCUGGAGAGUUUAAUUAGAGAAAAAUUAUCAGCCAAACAGCCCAAAGCAUAUGACUGGUUUUGGUCCAAGCAAGUUCCAGCUGUAGUGGCUUCCUUUAUUAAUAAGAUUGAAGGGUCUGGAAAAGAAAUAUGUGGGGGCUUAAGCAGUGCAAGUGAUGUAUCUCUUCUUAUGCUUGCACUAACAAGCAUUGCUGUAAUCAUAAAAGUUGGUCCGGCAAAACUUUCGUGUUCACAAUUCUUUUCCUUGAGCACGGAGAUAACUGGUAGUUUGAUGGACUUGUUGGUUGAUUUAAUUCCUAUAAGCCAAGCCUAUAGUUCUGUCAGGGAUGCUGGUCUGUGCAGAGAAUUUCUUGUUCAUUUUGGUCCUCGAGCUGCAGCAUGCGGAGGUAAAAUUGAGCAAGGUUCACUAGAGGUUGUUUUCUGGGUAAAUAUCGCUCAAAGGCAGCUUCAAAAAGCUAUUAAUAAGGAAAGAAUAUGGUCAAGACUGACAACAUCUGAAAGUAUAGAGGUUUUGGAGAAAGAUUUAGCAAUAUUUGGCUUCUUUAUUGCUUUAGGAAGAAGUACACGGUCCUUUCUUUUAUCAAAUGGUUUCAAUACUCUAGAUGAACAAGUUGAAGAUUUUAUAAGGCAUCUCAUUGUAGGAAGUGUUGUAUAUUAUCCUGAGCUCUCGUCUGUAAGUUCAUAUCAAUUGUACGUGGAGGUAGUUUGUGAAGAGUUGGAUUGGCUUCCUUUUUAUCCUGGAAACGUCAAUACUGCAAAACAGCUUCACAUGCAUAAAAGUAAACAUGAAGGUCCUCCAAAUGCUGAAGCAGUGCCCCAAGCACUAGAUAUUUGCUCUCAUUGGAUGAAGAGCUUUAUAAAAUACAGUACAUGGCUAGAGAGCCCUUCUAAUGUGAAGGCGGAUAGAUAUUUGUCAAUAGGGCACAAGAAGUUGUUGGAGUGCAUGGAAGUUAGGAUGCUAAAAGAUAAGACAUUGGAGAUCUGUGCCAACAAAACAGUUGAGAGAUCUGCAGUUCAUUCAAGUGCAAUUGUGUCAGAUUCUUUUGAUGAGGUUUUACAAAAUGUAGAAGAAGUUGUGCUAAAACUGGAGAGUUUGCUUCAAGAGUUGUAUGCAUCAAGUGUUAGUUCUAGAAAAGAAGAUUUGAAAGCAGCCUAUUCUGUUCUAGAAAAAAUACGGAAGCUCAAGAAAGAAGCUGAAUUCAUUGAGGCAUCUUUCAGAGCAAAAGCAGAUUCACUACAAGAAUCCCACAGUCCAGUUGGUGCAAAGCAAGAGUAUUUUAAAGCAAAGAGCAGAAAGAGUGCUAAUGUGGUUAGAAGCAAAAAAUACAUAGGCAAAUCUCAGGGGUUCAGAAACGACUUUGUACAGGAGUUGGGACUUAUGGAUGAUGGUGCUCGACAUAGUGAUGAUGCUGGAGUUGUUCAGAUGGUCCAAAUUCAGAAGGAAGAAGAUAUUAUAAAAAAAUCUCUUAGCAAGCUAAAGGAAACAGGAACAGAUAUUUGGCAAGGAACACAACUUUUAGCUAUUGACGCUGCCGCCGCCAUGGUUUUAGUUAGAAGAACCGUGAUGGGAGAUGAAUUGACUGAGAAAGAGAAGAAAGCACUCAAGAGAACCUUGACUGACAUGGCUUCAGUUAUUCCAAUUGGAUUUCUAAUGCUUCUUCCGGUUACUGCUGUUGGACAUGCAGCCAUGUUGGCUGCUAUUAAGAAAUAUGUACCAGCUCUGAUACCAUCGACUUAUGCACCAGAAAGGUUGGAUAUCUUGAGGCAGCUUCAGAAAAUGAAGCAAAUGACACCCAGUGAUAUGGGCUCAGACGAGGAAGUAAAAGAAAUUAAUUGAACAUAAAAAAGUGCAUCCAGAUUUUUGUGUAGCAUAGCUAGAAAAUUACCAUUCUUUGUGGGGUAGUAUACAACUGGGGUUUAGCCCUUCUUUAUCAAUCCCAAAUUUCUUAAAACAAA